GAAAAACAGAGGCCGUCAUCAAAAACUUCAGCCCGCACUACAGGCGGCAGUACGCGGUGGCUUUCUGCAGGCACGUGCAGGAGGAGCUGGAGCAGCACCGGGAUGCCCAGUCCCGCUUCCUGAAAACCAAGCCCCCGCUGGAAGCUGGGACAGUCUUAUUUGAAGCAGAGCUGCUGCAUUUUGCUGAGGAUCUGAAGAAGUGGAAGGACAGAUACGUCGUUAUCAGAAAUGACUACACUGUGGAUUGCUUUGAGACUAAAGAGGCUUACCAGAAAGGAGCCAGUCCUAAAUAUCAUGUUCUUCCUGCAGGAGGCAAAGUACUGACUUCAGAAGAAGAUUACAAUUUGCUGUCUGAUAAACAUUUUCCAGAUCCUGUUGGAUCAAGCGAGAAGGAGAUGGCUCAAGCCUUCGUCCAGCUGCCCAAGGAGUUCCCGGUCUACCUGUGGCAGCCCUUCUCCCGGCACAGCUGCUACUGCUGCCCAGAGGCAGGAGCUCAGCGGCAGCUCAGCGCCGCGCUGCAGGACUGCGUGAGACACGCGAACCACGAUUUUCUCAAGCAGAAUACAUAUGAAGUCGAGGCAUUCUUAGAAGCCAUUCAGUUCUUCCGGCAGGAGAAGGGCCACUAUGGGACAUGGGAAAUGAUAACUGGCAAUGAAAAAGAGAUCCUGAGCAAUCUUGUGAUGGAGGAGCUCCUGCCUAACCUUCAGACCAUGAUGCUGCCUAAAAUGAAAGGAAAGAGGAAUGAUAGGAAGCGGGCCUGGUUUGGUAUUGUAGAAGAAACUUAUGGCUUAGUCCAGCAGCAGGUGUCAGAAGGAUUAUGCACCUUGAAAGAAGAAUGCAGAGAUUUUGUGAAAACUCUUGAAGGAACCAUUCGUUCAGACAUGGAUCAGAUUCUGAACUCAAAGAACUUCUUAGCUGGAAAAAUCAAAGCCACUGUUUCUGAGCCUGCCCAGAAGUGCUGCACAGAGAAUAUCCAGCCAUUUCUCACCUCCAUACUAGAGGAGCUCAUGGGCCCAGUGAGUUCUGGAUUCACUGAAGUCCGCUCACUUUUUGAUAAAGAAGUUAAUGAAAUCAUCCAAGACUUCCAGAAGACAAAUGAUAUCACAAAGCUAAAGGAGAAUGUGGGUGAGCUUAUGAAACUACCGUUCAACUCUGUGAAAAUGGAGCCCUGCUAUCUGAAAGUGAACCUCCUUCAGGAGCUCCUUCAAGAUCUUAAGAGUCGCUUCAAGGUCUAUCACAUUGAUUUUGUGAUUCAGAGGACACAGAACUUCAUGCAAGAGCUGAUGGAAAAUGCAGUUUAUACUUUUGAGCAGUUAUUCUCACCAAGUCGCCAGGCAGACUCAGCCAAAGUUGCAACAACCAUUGAAAAAGUCAAGCUGAGAGUACUGAAGCAAUAUGAUUAUGACAGCAGCACUAUCCGGAAGAAGAUAUUUCAAGAAGCACUGGUACAGAUUACUUUGCCCACAAUGCAGAAGACACUGGCUUCAACAUGCAAACCAGAGCUGCAGAAGUACGAGCAGUUCAUUUUUGCCGAUUACACCAGCGUGAUCCAAGUGGAGAAUGUGUACGAAGAGAUUUUGUAUCAGACUCUGCUUGAAGAAGCCCUGAAAGUGAUAAAAGAAGCUGCCAUUAUGAAGAAGCACAACCUCUUUGAAGAUAACGUCAGUUUGCCCUGUGAAAGUGUGUCCAGCCUAACAGACCUGAAGACCCCUUCAGGAUCAGCCCAAACCACUCCUGCCAAGAAGCCUUCCACGGCCCGAGCCGAGGCGUCAGACAGCGAAACUCAAAGUGAUGAAACGCUCAUUGUGACGGAAAAAAUUUCCUGGGAGAAGGAUGCUGAUGGUAGAAAGUCAUCAGACAAAGAGGCAGUCUCUUCUGCUAAUCCAGCUGGGGAUCAAGCAAGCAAAGAUGAAGAAGUGGUCAUUAAAGACAUCAUUGAAAAUCAGGAGUCCCUUCCAGCUGCCCUUACAAAACAGGAGGCUGCAGAGCAAGAAAGCACUUUGGAGAACAAAGACAUAAUGAAAGAGUUUGUAGUGAACAUUGAGAAUGAGUUUAAGACACAACAAGAAGCUGUGGAGGAAAAGGUAGCUCUGGGGACUGAAACUGCAGUGAAAGAUUUUGGUGUCAUCCCUGAAAAAGAACUUAAGGUACUUGAAGAAGCAGUGGAGGAAAAGGUAACUUCAGAGAGUAAAAUGGCAAUGGAUGCUGCGUUUGUCAGUGACGCUGAAAAAGGAAUCAAAGUGCAGGAAGAAGUUGCUGAGACAAAGCUGACUUCCCCACAUGAUAAUGUAGCAGAAGCAGAGAUUUUAGGGAAUGCUGAAAAGAAAAUCCAGGUAGAAAUUAUGGAAGCAUCAUCUCUGAGUGAAGAUGCAGUAGCAACAGGGUGUGAAAAGGAUAGUGAAAAAGAAAGCAAUGAGCAAGGAGUGAGUACUGACACAAGGGUUAUUUCCCAGGAUGAAAGCACAGGGAAAGGAGGAUCUGGGGAUAAUCCUGAGAACACAAGCAGGUCAGAAGAAAACAGUCGUAAAUGCCCUGAUGAUGUGAAUGAGAUAAGGAGUUUGCUCAUGGUAACAGUUGAGAUACCAGCAGAUACUCCAGCUGAGAAGAUAGAGGAGGUUUGUGAAGGUGAGAUAUUAAAGUUGCAGGAGCACAGGGAAGGGAGCAGUGAGAUGAGCCAAAUGGCCGUGGUGGGAAUUCAGGUGAGCCAGACCAUGAUGAAUAAAGAAGCAGCAGAAUGUGCGGAGUUCAAGGACAACCAACCAUCUUCACCUCACUUGGGGGUAGAUGGUAUGGAUUUAGUGAAGGUGUCCGAGGUGGCCCACAACACAGCGCAAGCAGAAUGGCUGGUUGGGAGCUCAGGUGCACCUCAGGAGGCACAGGCAGAGGUGGAGACCAAGCAGAGCGUUUGGUACGCGGGCGCGGGAAGCAGCAGAAGCAAUGGAUUGCAGCCAGAGGAGCACACCGAGGACGUGGCUGAAGGCAGGAGAUCAGCUGAGGUGGCAGGGGGAGUGGGGAGCAGCCACGCUGGCCCAGGGGAGGUUGGGACGCCGAGCUCUUCUCAGAAUCCUGCUGAAGACGCAGACACGGCGCAGGCGCCCGGCGUGGGUACGGAGGAGCCAAGCACAGGACUGCCAGACCUGCUGGAGCAGGGCCAGGGGAGCGCCAGAGGCAGCGCAGGAGACACACAGCCUGGAGAGGGUGAAGGGGAGCCAGCGG